AUGCAGUUCAUGGAAGCCGGAGCGCAGGCCGCGUGCUUGGUAAUCGGUCCGUUCGAGAACGGGGCUCCGGCGGGCCCAUUUUCAGCAAAGUUCUGUCCAAUGCAGGAACCGUCGAUGGGACGGAACUCGGUUACGCCAAAGUACCACGGCACCGAGACGGAAGUUGGAACCUUCGUCUCCGACAACAAGUUUCUAACUGGCUUCUGGCCUUGGACAUCUGAUGUUGGAAUUCCCUCACACCAUCAUCGCCAGAAUCCUUCUCCACCGGAUCCCCGUUGCAGUUCUGUCGGUGGAACACCGCAAUCUGGAUUUCUGGUCUCGGAUUGUCCCAGCAGCAGCCCCCAAGCAGCAUCACCAUCUACCCACCCAGCCUUGGAAGCGGAUUCAGUGUCGCAAGACCUUGCCGGAAAGCUCUUUAUCGUUACGAAGGCGAGGCGGGGGACGAGCUGUGACCUCAUUGUGCCCGUCGAAUCCCCCGCCCUCUGCCCUAUGUUGGCUCUAAAGCUCCUCUUCCCCCGCAAGCUAUUCCAACAACCAAUGCCAUUUUGCCAUCUACGGAUACCAAGAAGUGCUCGCAAACUUCACUCCAGCCACACAAACUGCCGAGGAAGAAAACCUUUCACGCCAGGUCUUCUUGGUUGUGGAUGCCUUGCCCACCCGCCUGUCCACCGCGCGCGUCACCGGUGUCGCAACGGCGAAGAACUUCGCGACCGAGGUCUGUCCGGUGCCACUCCGUUAAACCCGAAACUCGAGAACGUGACAGAGGCCGACUUUGACAGCAGGACUCCCCGCAAGAUUGUAACUGUUUGGGUGGAGGGGCAUUUCCCUGCUUCAGGUGGCCAUCUCUCAACCAAGUCUGCAGGAACGUUGGCACUCUCGCUAUGGAACUGGCGAGAACCAAGUUCGCCUGCUGCUGCUCUGAUAGCUGCCCUAUCACUUGGAUCUGUUGAGGCGCGUCUUGCGGACACCGAUUCCAUCCAACCUGAAGCAUGA